UGCCGUAGAUUGCGAGUACCAGACUCGAGCCCCACGCAGCAUCCGCAUCCCAGAAAGAGCAUCAUUGAGUUUUGCAGAUAGGCAGCGAAUAGAUCAUAUGAAAAGAGGAAAACGACCGUAAUUUAUAGUCCUUUUAGCUCAUUUACCGGAUUAGUUUCCUCAUUCCCUAUGGAUAUAAAAUAGGGACAAAUUGUCAUUGUCUUAUUUUUACAUUUUUAUCCGGGCGGCCAGGGAAGGAUCCUGCGCUAAUUCUCAAAAUGGCUGAGAUCACGGAAUUACGACCUGAAUAUGACAUGUCACCAGUACUGGCUGGUUUCAUUGGUGCAGGGGCACUGGUGGUUGCCGUGGUGAUCCUGGUCCUCCUGUGGUCCUUCUGCCAGCGUCGCUACCUGCGGGUGAGAGGUCAUUACAAGCUCCAUGGGGACCAGUACUGUGACUCAGCUGAAGACCCGCCCUACAAGUUCAUCCACAUGCUGAAGGGCAUCAGUAUCUACCCAGAGUCCCUCAGCAGUAGCAAGAGGAUAGUACGCAUGCCCAGACGCACUGGUUGGCAAGGAGACAGAGACAGAGAGAGGGGUGGCCGUCGCGGGGUGGUUGUGGUGGAUGCUGCUACUCAUCUCCAGAUGAGCCACCUAGCGCCCCCUGCUGCUCAGCCAAGGGCGGAGCGGGCACUGCCCGUAAGGGCCGAUUACUGCUGCCUGGACAGCUCAGCUAGCAACAGCGAGAACAGCAGCAAGAGCGUCUCACCUUUCACCCCUGUGUCCUCUGACCCAGAAUCAGAACCUGAAGCCAGCCUGGGCUCCCUUAGCCUGGCUGUAGACUACAACUUCCCUAAGAAGGCCUUGGUGGUGACCAUCGUGGGAGCCCAAGGCCUGCCUGCAGUAGACGAGCAGGGGAACAGCUCGGACCCUUACGUGAAGAUGACCAUCCUCCCAGAGAAGAAACACCGCGUGAAGACCAGGGUCCUGAGGAAAACGUUGGAGCCCGUGUUUGACGAGACGUUCACGUUCUACGGGGUAGCCUACAGCUCGGUGCCCGAGCUUACGUUGCACCUCCUGGUACUCAGCUUCGACCGGUUUGCCCGUGACGAUGUCAUCGGGGAGGUGGUGGUGCCGCUGACAGGGCUGGAGCCCAGCACAGGGCGAGUCCACAUCACUAAGCAGAUCACCAAGAGGAACAUGCAGUGUGAGAGCCGUGGGGAGCUGUUGGUGUCGCUGUCCUACCAGCCUGUCUCCCACCGCCUCAGUGUGGUGGUGCUGAAGGCCAAACACCUGCCUAAGAUGGACAUCAGCGGCCUGUCAGGAAACCCAUAUGUGAAAGUGAAUGUGUUCUACGGCCGCAAGCGCAUCGCCAAGAAGAAGACGCAUGUGAAGAAGUGCACUCUCAACCCUGUCUUCAACGAGUCCUUCAUCUACGACGUGCCGCCUGAGCUUCUACCCGAGAUCUCUGUGGAGUUUGUGGUGGUCGACUUCGACCGCACUACAAAGAAUGAGGUAGUGGGCCGCUUGCCCCUCGGCCUGCACAGCCCCUGUCCCUCUGGCGCCGCCCACUGGCGGGAGGUCUGUGAAAACCCCCGGCGUCAGAUAUCGAAGUGGCAUAAUCUCAGUGAAUAUUAGCUCUUCACACUGACACACCUCAUGCGUAUGGUUCUGCCAGUGUGUGGAGGGAGGUGGAGGAGCUGAAGAGAGGGACUUAUUGCAGAGAGAGUGGCUUUUUUUCUCAUGUUAUACUUUCUCUUGUGAAUAAUGCAAACAGAAAAGUGAACAACAUUUCUGGUGGGACUUGUACAGUGGACUUCACAGUAGUUAGUAUGGAACGUUCAAUUAAAGGAUCAAAUCAAAGUAAUAAACAUCCACACAGAUACCUAUAGCACACACCUAGAGACCAACAUUGUCUGAAAGCAUUAGGUUAAGAGUAACAAAUACAAAAUAAAUUGUCCAAAAUAUGACCAUGAUAAAAUUCAAGACUGCUUUGAAUUCUGGUCAGGCUGUGUUUCCUGAAGUUGAGGGUGAGAUGUGGGUGUACAUGCAAAUGCUCAAAAAAACCACUCCUCCAAGUUCUAAAUCCUCCCACUGCCAUUGUUGUCUUUUGAUUUGUUGCAUGUCUGAAUGAAACAGCAAUAUCUUCAACUGAAAUGUACUAAAGAAACGAUUGCUUAGAUUGAUUACAAUAAUUCCUUUUCUCAUGUAUUGAGAAAGGCUCAUACAAAUGACUCUCUCUAAAGAUAGGACCAAAUAGAACAGAUAGAAAUUCCUUGCCCAUGAAAUAAUUACACAAAUGAUGGCAUGCUCUGUAUCUAACACCAAGUCCAUAGAGAUUACAAACCCAUUAUGCUUUGUUGAAAGAACAAAUGUGAUUUCACUGCAAACAUUUUUAGUUUUAUUCCAUUUUAGGAACUCAUUUGGAAAGAAAAUGGAGUGCAUUCAAACAACUGCGAACUUGUUGCUUCUGUUAAAAUAUAAAUGUGAUUACAUGAAAUACAACAACUUCUCAAAAAAAAUGCAUUGACCACUGUUAAAGCAAAUGAUUUUAAGCAAAUAUCACUGCAGCAGGUUAGAGUGUUGGUACUGUAAUAACUAGGUAAUAACACAUGCUAGUUUGCAGCUUGUAGUGUCAGAUGUUCUCUGAAAGUCACUGAUGGAAAAGUAAUCGUGAACAAAGUUUUUUGACAUGAGAGUCGUGUGUUGCUUUGUGGUUUCCAAAGGAUUUAAACAGUAUGUUGCACGAUUUUAGACUUGGUUGACUUGCUCAUCUUUUAAUGUAUUUUUGUUCCUAAUUUUAAGAAUAUGAAUAGAUUCACAGGUUGAAGCUUUUGGUGAUGUUUUGUCUGUAUAAGUGUGUGUGUAUAGGUGUAUGGGCGUGUGUGUGUGUGUAUGUGUGUGUAUAGGUGUAUGGGUGUGUGUGUGUGAGUGUGUGUGUAUAGGUGUUUGGGCGUGUGUGUGUGAGUGUAUGUGUAUGGGUGUGUGCGUGUGUGUUCUGCUAGUUUCUGGCUUGGCUGAAAUCUUGACCAGAAGGACUCGACACAGGUGGUCUGUCAUUAAGCUCUCCAUCCUCUCCCUGUCCUGUCUGUCUCUCUAUCAUUUUUAUCAGUGUCUGUCUCCCGUUCCCACAUUUUACUGUCACUCCUUUUCCUCUCUGUCCCUGCUCCUUGUUUCUUUAGGUCUUUAUAUUUGGAUCAGUAACAUAUCAAAUUAUUUUUACUGGUUCAUUGUAUUAAUUGAAGUCACAGUAUUUUACAGAGUAGUGAACCCACACAUCUUCACUACUAGUUAAUCUUUGUCUCUAUAUGGGUGAUGCUCUGUCCUCACCACCCCCUGUGUUCAGUCAAGGCAUACAGUAGCUGCAACACCUGUGUAACAUUUACUGCAGUGCAGUCUGGAAAAAAAUGUGACAGUUUUCAGUAAACCUAAUGUGAAAAGAAUUAAGAUACUGCAGGAUUGUGUCAUCACAGGGCACCUGGAGAAGCAGUCAACUGUGUUCCUUUCUUUGCUGUUGGAAGCAACCUUAACUUAAUCUGCUAUCACAACCACCACUGUUUCACUGUUUAUUGACCUUACUUUCCAGACCUUUGACUUUCAGUGUAGCUGUCUCCUUUUUGACAUAUCCUUGUUAACUGAUUUGGAAGAAAUUAUUAAACUUAAUGUAAACCAACUAACAAUGACUGAUUGUGGAUUGUUACAGAGUAUUUUUAUUUCAAGGUAUCAUUUGCCUGAUUAUGCAACCAGUGUCUGAAACGAUGCUGAGUAUGUUUCACAGAUGCUAAAUUGUGUGUUGGUAUCAUUAACGGUCAUUCAAUCUGUAAAAAUAAAAAGGUAUACUCCA